AUGCUGCAAACCUUAGCUCACCGACAGCUGAACAGUGCAGAAAAUGGCUCUCCUUUCCCACCGUUUCUGGAAAGUCCAUUUCCCACCCUAUGCUACACUCCCUUCCCCGGUGUCAAGCCCCACAAAUCGACUUGCAGGGCCUUGAUGGAUGAGGUAGAGUAUGAUGUUAUGAAAGCACGUCAGAAGAAAGGUGUAAGGGUGAAGUCGUACCGCAUAAGGCCUGAUGGGACGCAGGAGAGGACCAAGAUUCCCUUAGCCCAGUCAGAGGCAUUCUUAACAGAAGUUUUGGAGACCGUAUGUGAGAGAAUGAAUGACUACAAACUUGAAGACAAUUCAGAAAACGGUGAAAGGAAGUUCAAGAGAUUUGCUCCAAGGAAAGGGGACAAAAUAUACAAAGAAUUUAAACGAUUCUAUUUUUAUUCGGAUGCUUACAGACCUUUGAAAUUUGCGUGUGAAACUAUAAUAGAAAAAUAUGAAGAUGAAAUAUUCUCACUUGUCGCCCAGGAGGCAAACCAUCUAGCUGACAAGUUGUGCAGUGAAAAAUCAGAUAUUUGUGAUGCUUCUCCUACUAGUCACACUGAGCUUUAAGAUGACCGAGCUACUAGUUAUAAAGAGAGUAAGGUGAU